AUGGCUGGCGGCGGCGGAGGAGCGGGCCUGGGUGUGGGGGCGGCGCCGUUCACGAACGUGGUGCACGGGCUAGCGGUGGUGGGGGCGGUCCUGGUUCUGGUGUGGACUAUCCACUUCCGGGGAGGCCUCGCCUUCGACUCUACCAACAAGAACCUCAUCUUCAACGUACGCCUGGUUCCUCAUCCAUGUGCUCCCCCUCCCCUGUUCUUGAUCAUCUGCGUGAAUAUCCAUUCCCGCCUACUCUCUGAGCCUGGUGCGUGGACCUUGUCAUCUGGUUGCUCCUGGACGCGAGGCGUCAAUCUCCUGCUCUCGAAAUUCCGCUGGUUUUUUGUUUUCAUCUGAUUAGGGUGGGUUCCCCUCUUGUCUUCGGCUUCUGCCGAUUCUCGUUAAUCCACACGACAGACCAUCGCUCCCAGCGUUGCCUAGUUACUUGUAGCCACUACUGAUCGAGAAACUCUCUCAGCUCCUCUAUCUCUCUCUCUUGCCCCACUGUUUUCACUCUCUCCUCCGCCGAUAACCCUGCCAUUAAUGCAGGCCUUCGCUUCUUAGUGUUUGGCAUUCUCAGAGUUAAGGAGCCAACCGUACCUCUGCCUGCUAAAUAGAGCGGGGAGAGAGAGAUGAUGGUCACCGAGCAAGAGAACAUCAUCUGUGGCUUUCUCGGAUUCCCUGGGGUGCCGCUCGUUAGAUAGACAUUACCUCGGCCGUCCGUCAUGUUGAUUUGGCCAGAGAUCAAUAUUGAUCUCGUUCGGUGAUUUUGAAACUCGGUGCCUUCAUCUUCUGCUGGAUUUUCCGUCAGAUUUCAGCGUCCUCGUACUGGGAUAAACCCUAGUUCGCCCUUCAAGUUCUCCCCUGUUCUAAAGUUUUCCUCCCCCGAACCUGCUGGAAAUCUGUUUGACGGCUCAAUAUCUUUGCUGCUUCAGCUUCACCCGGUUCUCAUGCUUAUUGGGUUCAUCAUCCUUGGGAGCGAAGGUGAGUUGACCGAUGAUUCAGUAGCAGGAUUUCCUUCUUCCACAGUCUACCGUUCGUCUCCCUGCUUCUGCGGGGUAGUGAUUCUGGUUGAGAUGAAUGAAGUCUGCGCUUCGCCUGAAGUAUUUCUUCUACUUCUGCACUUAUUCAGCGAUAAUCAGCUACAAGGUCUUCCCCUGGAGCAAGGAAGUCAAGAAACUGAUCCAUCUCACCCUCCACGCCAUUGCCGUGGUGCUCGGAGCUGUGGGGAUAUACGCCGCGUUCAAGUUCCACAACGAGAGCGGGAUCGCUAAUCUGUACAGCUUGCACUCCUGGAUCGGGCUCGGAACGAUCGUCUUGUUCGCACUUCAGGUAUUUUUGAUCAGUUCCUCCCGAAAGAUUUCCGAACUUAGCUGAAUCGGAGAGAUGGAGAAUCGUUCUUCGGCGGAGCUUCGAGAUCGAGAUCGAUGGAGAUUAACCCUGCGCUCGCUCCUGCAGUGGAUUUUCGGGUUCGUCACCUUCUUCUACCCCGGGGCAGCGCCGGCCAUCCGACGGGGCGCCCUCCCCUGGCACUUACUGGUCGGCCUGUUCGUCUACGCUUUGACCAUCGUCACGGCCGAGCUAGGGUUUCUGGAGAAGCUCACCUUCCUGGAGAACUCAGGCCUCGCCAAGUACGGCUCGGAGGCCUUCCUGGUCAACUUCACCGCCCUGGUCGUCCUGCUCCUGGGAGCCAUCGUCGUGCUCGUCGCUGUUCUUCCCUCCGAGCUCGAAGACCCCGAGGGUUACAGGGCCGUUCCAGAGGAAGCCUGA